AUGAUUAGUUUGAAUGUUCAAUGGGUACCUGUUACUGAUCGUUCAGGUACUUAUCAAUGGAGUGGAAAUGAUGUCAACAAUCGCAAAGUAAAGACAGUCACAUUUUUUGGUACUGGUGAAAUGCGAGGACAAAAGCAACGUAAAUCUAUUACACCACCAAGUUCUGAUUAUACAGAUGCAUAUCUAUCUGCUUUUGCUCCGAAACCAAUUCCAACUAGACAUGUAAAUCGAUUAAGUACUGCUGUAUUUGCUAAUGUUGCACCAAUUCCACUCAAACCAAUUAGUCCACCUUUACCUAAAACUGAUUCUAUGAAAACGAGUCAAACUCGUUUUAUCAAUAUUAAUAAUAUUCAACCAUCGAAAUCAUUCGAUAAAUUUGCACCUUCUUCGUCUAGUCAAAGUUCUACUUAUUCAUCAAGUCUUACUUCAGAAAGAUCGACUACAUAUGAACCAUUUUCAAAUACUCAAUAUUCCUCACCUCAAUCUCAAACAUUUACUUCUAGUUAUUCGACAUUACUUCGUACUCCAAUGUCAACUACGACAGUUACGCCAACUCCCAGUUUUGACAGUCGACGAUCUUAUACAACUAUUCAACCUCAUUUUCAACCAAUAUCAUCCACAGUACCCAUUGUUUCUCGAUCUGAAACAUCCUAUGGAAAUAUAUAUAGACCUCUUCCACCUUAUUCUUUCGAAUCCUAUCCACCAUCAAAUACCUAUACAACAUCGUUAUCAACAUCAUUAUCAUCGAUACAACCAACAUACAGACCUCAAGUGCCAUUUCAAUCUCCUUCAUUAUUUUCCAGUUAUAACAUUAAUCAAAGUAGUCUUCGAGAGCCUCUAUUUCGAUCAACUACGAAAAUGGAAACACAAAUCGAUCGUCCUGAAACACUUUCAUCUCAACGUGACGAAGAUACUCGAUCAUCAAGAAUCGAAGAACCAUCGCCAAUUAUUAAUCCUUCACCUCAAUCUCCUAUCACUCGUGAAGAACUUAAAAUUGAACCUGAACGUUUACAUAUGGAAGAAUUAACAGACAUUUCUUCCGAACCUAUUCGAAUUCUUGAAAGUACUCUUGAUAAAUAUGAUUCAUUAAUCAAUCAAAUCUCAGAAGUUCUUGCUAGUGUAUCACCAAUGAGUUCUACUGUGAGCAGCAUGAGUCCAGGUAAAAGUGUACUCGACUAUCAACUUUCUUCCGACAGCUCACCCAUUUCACCAGCUAGUCGUACUCAAAUCCAACCAUCGGAACAAUCAAUGACUACAAUGGUUACAACUAGUACAACAGUACAAACCAAACCAAGUCAUCUCAUUCGUCGAGAUUCAUACGAUAAAAUUGUUACUGCUAUAUCGGAUAUCGAUAAAGAAAUACUUUCAUCAGCUGAUACUCAAAUCUCGUCAGCUACUAUUAAAGAACAAAGAGAAGAGCCAGAAAUUUUAUUAGUAGACGCACAACAAGUUCUACCAAUCGCUGAAAAAGAAGAUAAAGAAUCAAAAACUGCAUCGACAGAAGAACAUCAAACGCCGUCGAUUUUGACGGAACAGAAGGAAGAGCAAGCAAAAGCUUUACCAACUGAUGAACAACAAGUUUUGUCUGCAACAGAAGAAGAGAAGCAAGAAGCAAAAGUUUCAUUAGUAGAAGAGCACCCAGCCCAACCAAUUACUGAAAAACCAGACGAAGAAACUAAAACUGUGUCUACAGAAGAACAUCAGCUUUUGUCAAUAUCGCCAGAGAACAAGGAAGACGAAGCAAAAGUUAUAUCCACAGAUGAACAACAAGCUCCAGCAGUAGCGGAAGAAAAGAAGGGAGAAGAAACGAAGACUGUAUCUGUAGAUGAACAACAAACUCUAUCGAUAACUCAAGAAGAAAAACCAGAAGCGAAAACUUCAUUAGCAGACGAACAGCAAGUCUCACCGAUUACUGAAAAACAAGACAAGGAAAUCAAAGAUUCAUCUAUUCAAGAACAUCAAGCUCCAUCAAUUUCAAUAGAACAGAAAGGAGACGAAGCCAAAACAUUAACUAUAGAUGAACAACAAGCUCCAGCAGUAGCGGAAGAAAAGAAGGGAGAAGAAACGAAAACUGCAUCUGUAGAUGAACAACAAACUCUAUCGACAACUCAAGAAGAAAAACUAGAAGUGAAGACUUCAUUAGUAGACGAACAGCAAGUCUCACCGAUUACUGAAAAAGAAGGCGAAGAAAUAAAAACUAUACCUACAGAAGAACAUCAUAUUUCAUCAAUUUUGACAGAACAUAAGGAGGAAGAAGCAAAAGUUUCAUCCACAGAUGUACAACAAGCUCCAUCAUUAACAGAAGAAGAGAAGCAAGAAGAAACGAAAAUUUCAUCUAUCGAUGAACAACAAACUCAUGCAAUAAUUGAAGAAGAGAAAAAAGAUGAAACAACGACUACAUCAGUUGAUGAACAUCCAAGUACAACGUUAAUUGAAGAGAAGGCAGAAGAGCCGAAAGGUUCAUCUUCAGAGAAACCCCAGCUUUCGUCUGCCAGUCCAGAAGAGAAAGUAGAAACAGCAACCACAUUGACAGAAAUGCAUCAAGUUCCAUCGGCGACCGAUAAGGAAAAAGAAGAAGCAAAAGUUUCUAUCUCAAGCGAACAAGAAGCGCCAACAAUACCUGAAGAAGUACCAUCUAUACCGAUUGUGUCGUCAUCAGACACUUCCGCAAGUGAAAUACUUCAAUCACACCAAUUGAAAUCUGAUGAAGAGAAAGUCACAGACCAACAAUCAACAGCAAAAGAUAUAGCUGACAAUGCCAACUUUGUUCAACAAGAAACAGUCUCACUAACAAAUGUGCCAUAUGACGUUGUGGCAGCAGAAGAAACAAGUAAAACUACCGAUAGUUUAGAAUCAACAAAAAAAACCGGAAAACGUGUUACAUGGGAUGAAGCAGUUGUGGAUAAUGAAGAUGCCGAAAGCUCAUCACAGGAAAGUCUCUCAGAAGAAAGCGGUGCUUCUGAAACUUCAACCACAACAAAACCUGAAGAGAAUCGCACAGCUGCAACUAUUGAUAAUGAAUAUGUGAUUAUACCUGAACCAAAAACUACUGCCGAUCAACAAAUAACGUCUUCAGAUGUUACUGAAUCACAGAUUACUUCUGAUCAAACAAUCAAUCUACCAAGUUCUACAGAACCAUCGAUUGUAUUGUUAAGUACAACUGAUCAACAAAUUACCUCAGCGGACUCUAGUGAUUUUCAAACCACUUCUACUGAACAACAGGUUAGAACAUUAAACUAUUCAGAUGAUCAAACAAGUCUACAAGCAACUAUUAAUGAACAAAUUCAUCCAAUUGAUAUUACUGGACAGCACAUUAUUCCAUCUGAUUCUACUGAACAACAAACACGAUCUUUUAGUCCUCUUGAAACAUCGUCAACUUUCUCAGAUUCUACAAGUCAAGAAAUUACUUCUCCAGAUUUGACAGAAGUAUCAUCAGGUGUGAAUGAACAACAAAUUCGUUCAGUAAGCCCACUUGAUACUCAAUCAGUAUCGAUUACUGAUUCUUCAAAAGAAGAUACGUUUACUGUUGAUGAAAUAUCAACAACAACUUCAGAUAUUACUAGUAGUAACGAAAUCAGUAAGCAUGUAGAAGAACUAGAACCUACGAAAACAGAAUCAAAAGAAGAUAUGACAAGUGAUUUACAUAAAAUUGAAACUUCUUCACAAGUUGCAGAAAAAAUGUCACAUGAAUCUGAAACGUCAAUUAUUGAAAGUACAAUUAUAGCUUUACAACCAACAAUUGUAAGUCCGAUUGAUACACUUUCCGAUAUAAUCGCUAAUCGCUACAUCAGCAGCGAUGUAUAUCAUGGUUGUUUGGGUGAACAUAAACAGUUUUUACAAGAUACAUCGGAUAUCGAUCAGGAACACAUUACAAAAUCACUUAUUGGUUCUCUUCGUGAAACUAUUACCACGCCAAUGAUACCACUUAUUGAAACAAUUCAAAGUGUUGUUUCCAGUUUACAAACAAAAACAGCAGCACUUCCAUUGAAAACUGACAUCGAAACUAUUGACCAUUCUCAAGAUGAUACAAGUCUAACGACCACAAUUGUUACAGAAUCAAAACAAGACGUCAGCGAUGAUCAAACUCAAGCUGAAGAAAAUAAACCUACAAUGGAUAGUGCAGAAAAAUUGAAAACAGUAUUUGAAACUCUUCAAGAAACAAUUACAGCACCGAUUACAGCAAUAACCGAAACUAUUCAAACAACACUGUUAAAUCUUCAAUCAGACAAACAGGAAAUUUCAUCCUCAUCGAGUACAGAACAAUUGAAAACAACUCUUUCAGAAAGCAUUUCUACUGUUGAAACAGAAUCACCUUCCAACAUUGUUAAACCAUCUGAUGAGAAGACGACUGAUGACUCAAACAAAGAAAUCGAACCAUCCUCACCUUUACUUACUGAAACAAGCCAAAAUAUAGUACCGAUGGCUAUAUCAUCAACAGAUAUACAUACAGAAGAAAAAGCUAUUCCACGAGAAAAAUCUGAAGGUCAAGCCUUUGAAGGUCCUCUUUCAACCGAUACUAUACAUGAGCAAACCAUAACUGAUCAUACAAAGAAGCACGAUACUGUUGUAACUGACAGUUCAGUCUCAACUACAUUAGACACUACUAGUACCGCCACUGAACAAGUACAUGAACAAAAAGAAAAACCAGAAACAAUAUUUGUGGAGUCUUCACCGUCUGAAAUUCCAGAAUCUACUUCUGCUAUUCAAAAGACAGCGGAAACAACAACGGAAGGUGUUGAAUUUACUCCAGUUACUCAAUAUGAUGAACAGGUAUCAACAUUCAGUCCUGUAGCAGUAGAACAAGGAGAUAUUUCUGAUAAACAACAAACGAUUUUAACCGAAUCUUCAUCCACCGAUAUAUUACCUACUCCAUCGGUUGAUCAAAAGACAGAAGAAUUAACAGCAAAAGAAGACCAUACGAUCGAGAGUUCUGUACCGACAUCCAUUACCCAACAUGAUGAAUCCACACCCACACCUAUUGUUAUCCCAUCUGAACAAAUUGUUAUUGAUGAUAAACAAGAAGCAGCACAUUUUGAAAUACCUAGUGAAACAACUACAGAACAAACGUCUGAUGCAAAUGUAGCUACAGAAACAAAAACGACUUUUGAAGUUAUUCGUGAUGUUAUUACACAUCCAAUAGCGACAAUCACUGGGAAAAUUCAAAGUGUUAUAUCUACUUCAACAAGUGAGCAAACUGAACAAGCUCCAUCUGAUGCUACAAAAUCUUCUAUUAGUACAUCUGAAGAAGUAGAAACGUCGAAAGGUCAACAAAUUAUUGAAACAGAAAAUCUUCCUGCCACUGAACAAAAAGCUGAAACUGUAAAUGUCGAGUCUACUGAGACAAAAACCACUUUCGAAAAUAUACGUGAAAUUAUUGCACAUCCAAUAGCAACAAUUACUGAAAAAAUUCAAAGUGUUAUGUCUACUUCACCAAGCGAACAAAUUGAACAAGCUUCAUCUGAUGCUACAAAACCUUCUACUAGUACAUCUGAAGAAGUAGAAUCUUCGAAAGAUCAACAAGUUUCUGAAACACAAAAUCUUCUUACAACCGAACAAAAAGUCGAGAGUAUGAAUAUCGAGUCUUCUGAGACAAAAACUACUCUCGAGAAUAUACGUGACAUUAUUACACAUCCAUUAGCAACACUUACAGAGAAGAUUCAAACUGUUAUUACUUCUUCUACUACUGAAGAAGUUCCAACAUCCGACCAACAGACUUCAACAAUAUCAAUUGAUCAAAAUAAAUCUGAAGAUAUUAAAUCAACAGUAACGAAACCAACUUUUGAAAUGACUCAAGAUGCUGUAUCAAAUACCAUUGAUGAAACUUCUUCACAUCAGGAAAAGAAACAAAUAUUAACAAACCAAGCGUUUGAAUCAUAUUUACAAGAUCAAAUUCAAGGUCAACAAGAUUUAACUUCAACAACAAUAUUAUCUCAAAUUUCCGAUAAUGAAAAACCAAUACAACAAAUUGAAUCUGAGUAUGAAGAUGCUCAAGAUUUAGAUUCACUUCAAAUUGAUGCAUCAACUAGUGACGAAAAAAAUAGUCUUCUUGUUAAUAUUGUUCAUAAUAUAAUCCAUGAUAUAAUUAAUGCUGUCUUACUUCGAUUAAAUCAAAUUUCAAUUGAUAAUGAACAAAUAGAAAAAGAAAUGCUUUCUUCUGACAGUAGUCUUACUAGUACAAUAACAGUUAUAAAUGUUGAAGAUAAAUCUGAAAACAGUGAAUCCACAAUCAAUGAAGGAAGAAUAACAAGUGAAGGAGAUACUUUUGAUAGUAAAAUGUUAAUAUCUAAUAUAACUUGGCCAAAUCUUUUAGGUGAAAAACCUACUGAUGAUGAAAAAUAUGAUCAAUCAUUUGAACAAAUCAAACAGUUACUCGAAGAAGUUGUCCAAUCAUCGGAUAGUAUAACUGUUGAAAUCAUAGAUCAAAAAACAACAAUUACACUUCCAAGUCAAACACAACUAUUACCAAUUAUGGAAAAUACACUUCAACAAACAAUAAUUACGCCUCAAACUGAUGAUAUCAUACAACAAUUGAGUAAUGAUAUUGUAUCAGAUUCGAUAUCAGCAGUUACAGAAAUUGAAAAUGUUCCAUUAAAAUCAUCAACUGAAUUUCGUGAAUCAUCGCCAACAAAUAUUGAAGAUGAUUCACUUGAAUUAAUUCAUGCAUUACAAGGACAUAGUAUUAUUCUUCCUUCUUCACAACUUGUUCAAAUACAAGCUGGUACAACAAAUCAACCAUCUUUAUCAACUUCUUAUAUAGAAAAAGUUGAUAUACAAACUUCACAAGUACCAGAAAAAUCUUCAAGUUCAACAACAACCACAUCAUCACAAAUAACAAGUUCAGAUCGAUAUGUUUCAUAUGCAAUACAUGAAAUGGGUGAUUCAUCACAAGAACGUUUGCCAGCUUUUCCUGUAGCAGCUGACAUUCCUAUCUAUAAAUCAGUCAAAACAACAUCUGAUGAAAAUAAAGAACAACAAAAAUUAUCUGAACCAAUUGUUAACAUCAAUCAAAACGUAACAAAAGAUGAUGACCUAACUGAAUUCGAUGCAACAGAAAAUUUAACUUAUUCAGAUGAUGUACUUUUACAAAAACUUUAUGCUUCAGCUCCGACUCGACUAGAAAAUUUAGAUGCGAGUAGUACAGAUGAAGAUGCUGAUGAUGCAAAUUUUAAUGAAUAUGAACAUCAUGAUAUACCAAAUCUUUAUCGUAUUAUGAAUGAGAUAAUACAACAAAAUGAUAAUCUAUCUCAAGAAUAUGGACAAACUUAUCAACGAUACGAUGUUUCAAGUAAUAGUUCAACAUCAACAAAACUUCAAUCAGAUGAUGUUUAUAUCAUACCAGGAUAUGCUGGCUUAUGGAGACCAUCAGCUGAUGAUGAUGACGAUAAUACACAUUUACCAUUAACUAAUGACGAAGAUGAUCAACAACAAUCUGCUACAACUGUAGUUAAAACUCGAACAAUUGUUCGAACGACCGAUCCUACUAAACUUCAAUCAUUUUUACAACAACAUCAAGAUAUAACAACUCAAGAUACACCAGUUCGACAAGAUACAUAUGAUAUAUUUAAUAAACCAUUGAAUGAAUUUUCAUUUGAUGUAUCAGAAUCGGAUAGUUUUAAAACUUGUACAUCAACAAUAAAUACUUCACCAACAUCGAAACAACAAACACAAGCUGAAUUAUAUAAUUUACCUAUAAUUGAACAAAAAGAACAUCAAACAAGUCCAGAUGAAAAAAUAUUUCUUAUACGUGAACGUGAACGUGGUGUUUCAUUACCUGUUACAAUGAAAAUAGAUUAUGAUGAUAUGGCAUUACGUUUAUCAUCAUCAACACCAAUUGAUGCUCAAUUAUAUGCUACAACACCAACAGAUUUACCACCACCAUCAACAUCAACAUGUAGUGAAUUAGUAGAACAAACAACAUCUAGUAGUCGUGCAAGUACACAAUCAUUAAGUAGUAAUGAAAGUGAAAAACAAAAAAUUUCUUCACCAUCUUGGUUAAAUACCACUAACACAAUAAUUACAACUAUUGAAGGACCUGAUGGACGUAAGUAA